AUAAUGUGUAACCCAUAUGUGCAAGAACUAAUUCAAACUGAUUCGUAUUUGAGUUGAGAACACGACGCCCCACACCACACUUCCUUCAAACAGAAGUCCAUACGAUAGUUUUUAAGCCGAAAGUGGGUGGCUAAGGCAUUGUUUUUUGCGUUUUGGAUCUCAACGACGAAAUCGCUGAACAAAAUACAAUGAGUGGUCGCGGCAGCCGGAAACGUGGACGUCCACCAAAGACGCCAAAUGAGCGAUCAUCAACGGGUCGCUUCAAUUAUCAUCUGCUCAAGAAGCCUAAAUAUCUCAGUGAAGGCAAAUCGCAGCCAAGCACUCCAUCGGCAUCGCGCUGCAUCUCGCCACAGAGCGAUGAGUGCAGCCGCAGCAGUCACAACAAUCGCAGCAACCGCGGCAGCGGCGCCAAACGGGGACGCGGACGCAAAUCGAAUGUCCAUGGAAACACCAACACCAGCAGCUAUUCAGUCAGAAAAGGUUUCGAGUCGGAGUAUCAUUAUGGCUCCGAUUUCGGUGAUUCGGAAGAGGAAAAGACCGAUAAUGAAGAUGAUUUGCUGCUGACGCCCAGCGACGAUGAAAGCUUGGACGCAGCCAAUGAGAGUGAGUCGGAGUUUUCGGUCUGCAGCUUUACACAGAAUGGCGUUGGUCGACCUCCACGCCCACCCAGUCCGGAUCCAAUUUGGCUGCAAGAAGGUCGACAAUAUCCGGCUCUCGAGUUGCCGGAAUCGUCCGAAGAUCUAUCUAUGGGCAAUGUGCAUGUUUUGCGCGCUUUAAGUAUUUACGAAGUAUUACGUCGCUUUCGUCACCUGGUGCGACUGUCGCCCUUUCGCUUUGAGGACUUUUGUGCAGCCUUCGUCUGUGAGGAGCAAAGUGCACUGCUCACCGACAUCCACAUAAUGCUGCUGAAGGCAAUAUUACGUGAGGAGGAUGUGCAGGGCACACACUUUGGACCGCUCGACCAAAAGGACACAGUCAAUAUCAGUUUAUAUCUGAUCGAUGCCAUUACAUGGCCAGAAGUGUUACGCAGCUAUGUGGAAAGUGACAGAGAAUUUGAUCGAAAUGUUUUUAAAAUACUCAGCACUGGCGAAUAUCCCUAUACAUGCGUCGAGCAUCGUCUGGUGGUGCUACAAUUCUUGGCCGAUCAGUUUCUAACGGCCAACUCGGUGCGCGACGUGAUGGUGCAGGAGGGUCCCAUACACUAUGAUGAUCAUUGUCGUAUUUGUCACCGACUCGGCGAUUUGCUAUGCUGCGAAACAUGCCCAGCUGUCUAUCACUUGGAGUGCGUAGAUCCACCCAUGAAUGAUGUACCCACCGAGGACUGGCAGUGUGGUCUGUGCCGUUCCCACAAGGUUACAGGCGUUAUGGACUGCAUCUUGACUCAGGAAAAACAAGGCGUUCUGAUACGUCACGAUUGUCUUGGGGUGGAUCGGCAUGGACGCAAGUACUGGUUUAUUGCGCGGCGUAUAUUUGUUGAGGAUCAACUGAAUGGUAGCUGUUGGUAUUAUAGCACAACAGCAAAAUUCGGAUUGUUACUUAAACGGAUGGAUGCAUCUGAGCUGGAAUCUCGACUUUAUGUCCAGUUAAUGGAUCGUCAAGAAGAAAUCGAACGUCAAAUGAAGCUAACCGAGUCGCUCACCAACGAGCACAAACAUAACAAACGCACUUUAUUAGAUCUAGAGCAAGAGGCUACACAAGAACUGCUCGACAAAGAAACGGGAGGGGAUACUGCUGUCGAGGAAGGCGAUGAUCAAGCGGUCGAGAACGUUAAGAAAACGGAAGAGAAUAAUAAAAUGGUAACGCGACAAAAGACGUAUCAAUUGAAUAGUGGCACACUCUACUUUAAACUGGGCAUGGAGCAGGGCUUUAAGAAUUAUGUUAACCAGUAUGCCACCAAUCCAAUUGCGCUCAACAAGCCGCAGCGCAACGAGGAACGCGAUAAGCGUCGUCAUCUCUCCCACAAAUUCUCACUGACGACGGCUUCGGAUUUUAAAUGGAUUGGCAUUACGAUGGGUACAUGCGAAAAUACGAUAACAACACUUCGACAGACGCUGCUAAAUUUUGAGUCAAAUAUAGCAGCAUCUUUUAUGAAUAUCAACUGGUUGAGCAGCAAGAAAAUGUGGAACAAUGCUGUUAUGAAUGCGAAACGUGCCACUGAUUUUGCUGCGGUUAUGUUGCUCUUUCAAGCAUCCCUCAAGAGUGUUGUCUUCGCUAAUGUGUGGCACGAGCAGCUGGGGCACACGCAUCUGCAACGCAUCACAAGCGGCGAGCGCGAGGAUCGCAAGAAGCAAGAGAAACGCGAAAAGCGUGAACGUGACGACGAAGAGGAACGCAAUCGGCUGGCCAUCAAUUACAUUAAAUAUUCGCUUGGGUUGAAGCAUCAGGUAUGGAAACAAAAGGGCGAAGAGUAUCGUGUGCAUGGCCAAUGGGGUUGGCUCUGGCUAUCGAGCAGUCGACGCUGCGGUGUCCGGGUGAGAAGGACCCGUGCCCAGCCCUUGUCACACGUUCGUAUCUUUGUGCACUACACCAUGGGCGACGAGGAGUCGACGGUUAACGAAUGCAUCCUUGUUGAUCCGCGAACUGAGCGCUUCAUACAGCAAUGUAAGGAGAUCCAUGCGGCGGGUGAGGUCUGCCAUUAUUUGCCCGAACAGUACACACACAUUAAGGUCGUCGAGGAUGUUGCGGAGCAUGUAAAUGGACAUAUUGAUGUAAGUAAAGCAUUAACUGCACCUUGUCGCAUAUAUUUUCCAAAGGUGGCACGCAAGUGCCGCCUGGAUGAUCUUCUCGAGCGACGCCUCAAAUUGGCCCAAGUCGAACAACAAAUUGCAAUCAAAUCGGAUGCGGAUGGUGGAGAUCUCAAACCGCUUCUUGUAACAUCAGGCAAUGUUGGUGGCGGCAGUAGCAGCAAGCAAACAUACCUGGAGAAGCGUUUGCUGCGCCUCACCGAAGCCUCGGGCAAAUCUAUGACAUCCAACGUUAAUCUAGAUCUCGUUAACUCGUUGGCUAAGCAAAUACAAUCAGUGCGUAUGCAGUUCAGUCAACUUAAUCGCUACGCCAAGACCUUCCGCUGCUACACCAAGGAAUGCAACACGAACUCAAAUGCCGUGUCGCAGAUAACCCAAAACACUUGCUACUCCCCGCUGUGCUUGCAAAAGGCGCGUGCAAAGAAGGAGCUGCUGCUGCUGCUUCGCAAGGCACACACUGCUGGCAAUGGUUCCAAGGAGACUGUAGCAGCUAUUUUGGGCGCAGUGAAAAAGCCGUCCAUACUUGAACAAAAGCUAACAGAGGGCAAGAAAGAAUGUGUUCAGCAGGUACCAAUGGACGAGUCGGAGGAUCAUAAGUCAGCGGAAACUGAAGCGCCCCUCGAUUUGCUGCAUGACUGGGAGCAGGCGCGAGCUCAUGCUGAACCCUUUAAUGAACAUCUGCUCACGGAUUGCCUUCAGAUCGAGGUCCCCAAAUCAGCACCCGAUAAAAUCACAGUUAAGGUGGAAGAGGCAAAUGGUGCGAGCAGUUUAAAUGCUGACACAAAUACCCAGGACUCGGACAAAAUGGACUACAUGGAGAGCAUGGACGUGUGCAGCAAUGUUGAAAUCGAGAGCACAGAAGAUUCAAUGACGGCGGCAGUGAGCGCUGCCAGCUCAACACCGAAUGUCGAUGAUGUCGAUACAUUUGCGGGUGCGCGGCGGAAGCGUAGCGUCAAACCCAAGAAGGCAUAUAUUGGCACCAAAGAUGUUUUAGAUCAAACUUUGGACAAGGAUAUACCGUUAAACAAACAAAAUCGCCGGUUUCCCAUCACUCAGCGACCCGUUAAGCGUGAGGAUGUUACCAAAUACGAACGCGAGUACUUCGAAAAUGGCAAUGAGCGGGUCUAUUCAGCGGCUUCAACCCGUGGACGCGUCUAUCUGUUGCGUGACGAGGCCAAAUUAUAUGAUCAGGCGUCGAAAGCAGCAGAUGAUAAGACAAAAGUUAUGAGGAAAGCUUUGUAUGCGCGUUAUCCGCUUAUCUCAAAUUUUCUCACGCAUAAGCAGAAGCGUUGCCUUUUGGUCUUGCCACGAUACGAGCUUCUCAAACUAGCCCGCCUUGGCGGCAAGUCUCCGGCAAGCGGCUUUCAUCAUGCGGCCAAAAACAACUCGAUUUGGCAGUACCAGUGCUCCCGGCCUCUGUUCCGUACAUGCUGGUCAUAUCGUACAUCGAAUGCGACAACGUUGUCAUGCAUAGCACUGCAGUUGAGAAUAUUAUGGUCCUGCCUGCGUUGGGACGAUAUGAUUGCAAAACCACCAUCCACGGAUGGAAAACAUCAGGUUACCACGGAGAGCGAAAUUGUGACUUUGGAAUUGCUGAAAUUACGCCACGCCGGUCGAUAUGGCGAAAAGACGAGCUACCUCCGACGUAGAGUUGUCAUACCACUAGAGAUGCCAAAGACUAUCAGAGAAGUAACGUCAAUCCGUUCUGGUCUACGAAAACGAAAGCGCGCCGAGUCACCACAACCAACCGAGCCACAGAUCAGUGAAGAAUGGGUGGAUGAGGAUAAACUUGAGCUGUGGGAAAUUAAAUUCAUUGGCGAGAAACAUGAGAAGGCACGUCUCGCCACAGUUACACGAUCGGUGACAUCACGGCAGCUUGAAUCGACCAAUGGUUCCGGUUCUAAUUCAUCUGCUAUUGGGAGUCCAGGCGGUGGACGUGUUCUGUUGGCGCCCAAGACCGGUGAAGACAGCAAGGAAAAAAUGGAACAACAGUUGAAGCUUCAACGAGCUGCUCAUCAGCAGCGUAAAUUAAUUGGUGUAAACGAAGUGACUCGUUCCUCGACACCAGUCAAGGGACAAGUAAUUGGCAGUAGACGUGUGAUUGUUAAGAAUCCGGAUGGUACGACGCGCAUCAUACAGCAAGCCGUGACGCAAGUGGCACGCUCAUCAGUAUCAUCAUCAACAGCAGGUCCCUCCCCGUCUACAAACGCAUCACAAGUAAAUGCAGCACCAGCAACACCCUCACCUACGCCACAUAAAGUACAAAUUAUACGUGGACCUGAUGGCAAAGUGAGUGUCCGUGGAUUAAAUCCUGGCCAGCAACUAGUGCAAAUGCCAGAUGGCAAACUGCAUGUUUUAACAACAACGACAACAUCAAAUGCAGCAUCAUCAAGUGUCAAGGGAAAAUUGCCAAUUAAAGCAUUGACAGCAUCUUCGACAACACAUGCCGUGGCAACGACGACUGCAGCCAUAAACUCGGCAUCCCCAGUGAUUAAACAAAUUGCCGUGAAACAUGUCAACAUUGCCAAGUCAACAGGUGCACAGACAAUUGGGUCACCUUCACGUCUCACUCUGCCUCUGGCGCAGGUCAAAAAUAAAAUGUUACUUGCACAGCAGCAGCAACAACAGCAGCAGCAGCAAACAAGUCAAACGAACACUGCUUCGCCUACCGUUCAAAAACUAGUGCCGAAAGUGAUAUCAACUGCCUCAUCGAAUCAGCAAGUUUUUGUCCAGCCCGGCUCAAAGUUGUUGCUAGCGCAGGGUGCGCAGGGCCAGAAAGUUAUAAUAUCUGCGCCGGCAAGUCAACAGCAGCAACAAGGCGCAGUCCAGCAACAGCAAAUUGUUCAUACACAAGGAAUUCAACAGCAUAUUCAACAGCAGCAGGCGCCACAGCAACAGCAGCAACAGAUUGUGGUCAAUCAACAAGUGAACAGUCAGCCGACACAAAAAGUGAUACAACAAAUUGUCAACACAAGCAAUGUGCAGCAGCAAAUUGUUGUUGGCGGGCAGCGUAUAAUCUUGAGUCCAGGUCAAACGAUUGUUACGCAACGCAACGUGCCGCAGAGUCAAGCCAUGCAAAUGGUGCAGCAACAAUUGCAAACACAACAGCAGCAACAGCAUAUCGUACAGCCCCAGCAACAAUAUGUGGUGCAAACGAAUCAAGCAGUGCCAACGACAGCCACGGUGCAAGCUAAGGUGGUCAAGCAAAUGGUGGUGCAACAUCAACAACAAGCAAUUGAGGAGAAACCACAAGGUAGCAAUACCAACGAUACCAAUGAGACAACCACACAGCAAGUGCUUGUGCCCAACUCCACGUUGGCUCAGCAGCUGGCGCAAGGCAAGCUGCAAGUGGCGACUAUCAAUGGGCAGCAAGUCAUUGUCAAACCCUUGGGUAACAAUCAGGCACAAAUCGUGGCACAUAUUAAACAUCAGGGCGAUGGCAACGCCCACAUUGUGACCAAUAAUACAACGCCACAAGCAUCUCAAGUCAGUCCACAAAGUUCACCCACUAAGCAGCCACAACAGCAGCAAAAUAUUGUGCAACAGAGCCCACAACAAGUCGUUAUGCAGCAGCAGCAAGUUCAACCACAACAGCAGCAGCAGCAACACAUAGUGCAGCAAGUGGUGCAGCAGCAAACACAAGCACAGCAAUCGCUGAGCGUUGAGGAGAGUCUUCUUCAAAAUCAGCCACCUGGCACAGUGAUCAAAUGUGUCACGGCACAAGUCUUGCAAACGGAGCAUGGCCCACGCAUAGUGCUGCAAGGUCUUGUGGGCAACGAUUUCACGGCACAACAAUUGCAACUGGUACAAACGCAGGUGAAGCAGCAGCUAAUGAAAGCCCAAGAAUCCAAUGGCAAGUUGGGCGUUUUAGGACCCACAAAAAUUUAUCUAGCCGUGCAACCGGAAACAGCGACACAAUCUUCCCAGCCACCGCCACUAACGCCCGUGCACCAGACGGCAACCCACCAACAAACCAACGACAACACCAACAACAUCAAUAACGAACACGACACCGCCGCACCUCCAGCUACUAAUGAGGAAUGUGCCCAAAACAACACUUGCCUCACGACAAACAGCACAGAUGCCACAGGCGGCGGCAGCAGAAGCAUCGGCGUUAACCUCGAACUCAAUUGCCUUGCCCAAGCUGAUAAGAAUAUUGACGCCACAAACAACAACAGCUACAACCCAACAGGAGCAGCUGCGUCGGUGGAAAAUGUAGAGUAUGCGGUAGUAGCUUCAACAGAUAUCUGUGAAACAGCCCUUGUGCAAGGCGUCGACAAUGAACAAACGGAAAAUUUUGUGGUCACCAGCGGUUAUAUACAAGAAACUAUUACAAAUGCACUAAAACAAGGUAAUCUGAGUCCCGAACUUGAGGAAAAAUUGGUCAGUAUGCGCACGAAGCAGCAGGAACACCAAAAUUUUCAGAACUUGGGUGAAUGGACGGCAUCGACGAACCGAUCAAAUUCCAUUGGUGAAGGUGGUGGCACGUCUAAUCACCGACGCACUGCGUCGCGCAGUAACAAUAUCAACAACGAUGAUGAUGAGUGGAAAAUUCGUACUCCAUCGAAACGUCAUCCCGGCGUAGCCACUGUUAGUCAUAACAAUAGUUCAAGUAAAAACAAUCGAAAGCUACUCCCAUUUGAAAAUACCGCUAAUCUCAGUGAGCCGAAGCAAACACAAUUGGAGCGCCACAAAGAUUUGCUGAAGAAAAGCAUUUUACGGAAACGCUCCUUGCUGGAGCGCAAUUUGCAAAACGAGAUCCGUGAGGAAGUGGAGGUCAAGGUGAAGCGACAUGUGCGCGCCAUGAGCAUCACAGUGCCAGAGAAACUAUCGGAAAAUGACCGCACGACGACGAUCUUUACUGAAACUCUGUCGGAUAAAAAUGUUGGCCACAAGCGACAUUCAAAACCUUCAAUUACAAAAGGCGCUGGAACCAAACCAACAUCGCUGCACAGCCGGAAAAGCGUUGGUCGGCCCAAGAAGAUGUCCAGAACAAAUGAUAAGGUUUAUUGCAUAUGUCGGAAACCAUAUGAUGAAACAAAGUUCUAUGUCGGCUGCGAUAUGUGUAGCAAUUGGUUCCAUGGCGAUUGUAUCAACAUUACCGAAGAGGCGUCCAAAAAACUAACCGAAUUCAUUUGCACAGACUGCCAGAAGGCGCGUGAAACUCAACAGCUCUAUUGCAGCUGUCGCCAGCCAUACGACGAAUCACAGUUUUAUAUAUGCUGUGAUAAGUGCCAGGACUGGUUCCAUGGUCGUUGUGUAGGUAUUGUCCAGAGCGAGGCUGAGUACAUUGACGAGUACGUUUGUCCAGAAUGCCAGCGAAAUUCUGAUGCAAAUACCGCAAAUAUGAAAAGUCUUGUGCAAAAUGAAAUUGUUGAGCUCAAGAGCUUGAUCAAGCAAAUACAGUCGCACAAGAGUGCGUGGCCAUUUAUGGAACCGGUUGAUCCGGAAGAGGCACCCGACUAUUAUAAAGUGAUUAAAGAGCCCAUGGAUCUCAAGCAAAUGGAAAGCAAACUCGAAUCAAAUACCUACACCAAGCUCGCCGAAUUCAUUGGCGAUAUGACGAAAAUUUUUGAUAACUGCCGCUAUUAUAACCCAAAAGAGUCUUCAUUUUACAAGUGCGCGGAAGCACUUGAAUCAUUCUUUGUUCAAAAGAUUAAGAGUUUUCGAGAAAAUGUUGUUGGUCAAGGCAAUUGAAAGACACAUGUUAUCGAACCUUUGAUUGUUGGUAUAGGUUACAUUGGCUUAGGCUGGGUUAACAGAAACAGAAAAAAGUUUAAAAAUUUAUAUAUAGGUAAAAUAAACUAAAUACUUUUAAUAAAAUUAUAUUUAUAUGUGCAUAGAGCAGCUCUCCCUCACUCUAUAUAUGUAUACGUAUAAGUGCAUACAUAUUAAGAAGGUAAAAAUAUAUAUAAUAAUUAUAUUAAAUGUACACAUAAUAUAAGUAGUUGCAUUCUUUUAUCAUAUAUAACUGAAGGUAAAUAUUUUGUAUUUUCAUUUCAAAGCAGAUUUAAGCCAAUAUAAAGCAACUGUAAAUUUCAAAUCUAAGUAGUUUUGCCAAUGUACAGCCCAAAACGAUAUGUAAAUAAUACAAACCCAUAUAAUUUUCUUUUGUAUGUAC